AUGGAGACCAUCGAUGUGCAGAACAGGUCUUUCGUGGUUCGGUGGCUCAAAGUGCAAAAAAGCGACACUAUUACGUUCCAAUUGAAACCUUUGAAAAGGUCGGUAGAAGCUGGGAUUUACAAACGACAGACGACUAUCAACAAUGACGCAUUUGAGAAGAAUGGGUCUGGUGAAGGAGUCGUCAAAAAUACCGGGGAUGGCUCUCCCUCAGCCGGUAGCGUUCAUAUUGCCCCAGACACGAAAUCGCUGCUUGAUUACGCAUUGAAUCGCAGUAAUUCUUCAACAGAAGACGUCAACCAAAGAAAUCGCUCCAAAACGAUUUCUGCCGUUCAGCAUUUGGCGCAGGACAUCCCAUUGGACAAAAAACUGACCAGUCAAGGCUUUACGCAGGUCAAAUGGCUCGGUACCAUCCCAGGUAACGAAUUUGUCGAGGGUAACAUCCAAGCGGACGAAGAUGGCUACUACGCUUUUGUUCUUGACAAUACGGCUUCCAAGACCGCCAAAAAGAAGAUUUUGCUCGGCGUCGAGAACAAAACACAAGGGCCCAACAUUCCGGUUCAUAGAAGUCGCUCACAGCUUCUUCGUGUUAAACAAGGGCGUAUCUUGCAAGGAUAUAUGCUGAAAAAGAGAAGAAAGAAGCUUCAAGGUUUCACCAAGAGGUUUUUCAAACUAGAUCUCAAGUAUAAGGCCUUCUCUUAUUACUUGAACGAACACAACAACGUGUGCAGAGGUGAAAUUGUGAUUCCACUAGCAACAGUCAGCGCUAACAAAAUGACAAGAUUGAUUAUUAUCGACUCAGGAAUGGAAAUCUGGGUGCUUAAGGCCAAAGAUGAGUCUUCGUGGAGCGAAUGGAUAAGUGCUUUACAAGACUGCUACAAAAAGGAAGAAAAAGUACCAGGGGCUACAAAACCACCCACAGAACUAUCUGAUCCUACCAGCAUUCUGGCGGGCCUUCGAGUUAUCGAGCAAAAAUUAGACAAAUGUCGCGCAAAGUCACUCAGCUAUCUUCCUCCUGCUCAAGAUUUGAAGGGUGCAAUCACGUCAAGCGGUCAAACGAGUUCCGUGUCACGAACACCCUCAACACACUCACUCUCUCAUAUUUUCGGUAAGCACAAAAACAGUUCAACUGAGGUUGUAAAUACUCCCAUCCCGGAUGGCACCAAUGAGAAGCAGCAGCCGUCAUUACCCUUUGAACAUCAACUUUACAAAGAUUUAGGCGAAGUGGAAGAUUUACUACGACAUUGGCUGAAUCUCAGCACCAACAUGAUUAACAGAAAUGGAUCUUCAGAUAACCGAUCCAUUUUUAGUGACGAAUUUUAUGACGCGGAGGACAAUAACCUCAAUAACGAGCUGGAUCAUGAGUCUACGGACGGUGUUAUUAUGUUGAAUGACGAAGAAGGCGUGGACGCGCUAAUGCUAUCUCAGGAAGACCAUACAGGAAAAGCUGAGGACAAUGACGAUGACUUUUCAUCCAAAUAUGAUGCAAAAUUUGUGCAAAAGAGUGUACCGGCGCCAGCGGGAGGAGACCUUUACCCAUUGGACCAGGUAAGAAAAGUUGCACGUCGCCAGGACAUUCCUGAAGCUGUAGCAUCUCCUCCCAGCCUGCUUUCCCAUCUAAGAAAAAACGUUGGCAAAGACCUCACCUCCAUUUCAAUGCCUAUAACAUCAAACGAGCCCAUAACCAUUUUGCAAACGCUAUCAGAGACAUUUGAGUACAGUGAACUUCUGAACCAAGCCGCGUCUACUCCAGAUGAGGCCCAUCGGAUGGCAUUAGUCGCAGCUUUCACUUGCUCCUAUUUGUCAAUGCAUAGGAGUAAAACGCGUGCUUUACGUAAACCGUUCAACCCGCUCUUGGGAGAAACUUUUGAGCUUGUUCGUGAAGAUAAAGGCAUUCGUUUAGUCUCGGAGAAAGUUUCACACAAACCGCAGAAAUUUGCAUUCCACGUUGAGCACGCAGAGUGGGAAUUAUCUUAUUCCGUGUGUCCUAUCCAAAAGUUUUGGGGUAAAUCUAUUGAAUUUGUCAACGAAGGUGAGCUGAAGUUGACGUUCAAGUCAACUGGAGAGCGGUACGAAUGGUCGCAACCUGCUACAAUUUUGAAAAAUCUUUUUGCCGGAGAGCGGUAUGUGGAGCCCACCAACCAUAUGGAGGUUGUUUCUUCACACAACAUGAAGGCUCGAGUGGCCUUUAGGGCGGCGGGAAUGUUUAGCGGACGUUCUGAGGAAGUGUCUAUUGCUAUCCACCAUGGCUCGAAACAAGUGGCCACUUUGAAGGGAGGAUGGACCAAAAGCAUUGUGGACGCAGUCACUGGCGCCAAAAUUUGGGAAGCAGGAAAGCUCGUUCCACAUCAAGAACGCAAAUACGGCUUCACACAAUUUGCUGCCGAUUUGAACGAAAUCACGGAAAUAGAAAAGGGAAACCUUCCAGCCACAGAUUCCAGGCUAAGGCCCGAUCUGCGUCUAUAUGAAAACGGCGAGGUAGCCGAAGCAGAGCGUUUGAAGCUCGAGCUUGAACAGCAACAGCGUGCCAGACGUUUAGAAGGUAAAGAUACUAUACCUCAAUACUUCCGUCAAGUCUCGGAAAAUCAAUGGGAGGUCAUAACUGGAUCUGAGGGCUACUGGGAGAGAAGGAGACGUCAUGACUGGGACAAUGUUGUUCCCUUAUGGUGA